AUGUGUAAAGAUCCAGAAAUUUUUGUCCAGAAAACAAUUAAAAAGGAUGUAGGAUAUGGACAGAAUACAAAAGGAUUCAGAGUUUGGUUUCGUAACACAAAUAUAGUGGACACAUUUAGAGAUGUCGUGUUUACAAAACCAUCAGACAAGGAAAUUAUAAGUGUGAGUGAGGAAAGAAAUAAUAUUUCGAAUUAUGAUAAGAAUUUUGUUGAAGGUAAAGAUAAAAAUGAUAAUAUAGAGAGCAAAAAUACUCAAGAUAGUUUUCAAGAAGAGAGACAGAAAACUCAAGAUAAUUUUCAAGAGGAGAAAGAGAAUACUCAAUAUAAUUUUCAGGAGAAGGGAGAAACUGAUGAUAUAGGAAUGGAACAUCAACCGACAAAUAAUGAAAUUGAAGAGGAAGAAUAUGAAACAGGCAAAGAAAGUGGUGAAGACAGUGACAAAGAGAAGGACAACAUGAAAGAAGAUAAAAAGAAGAAAGCAGAAAGCCAAACUAUAAUAACAAAUAAAAAGGAUGUGACAAAAGGAGACCAAGGAAAGAGGAAAAUAAGAAAACCUAGAUGGUUUGAAGACUGUGACACGAGUUUUACAGUUUUAAAUGAAAACCAAUUAACAUUUAUAGAUGCAAUAAAAGGUGGAGAAUCUGAUAAAUGCAAGAAAGCUAUAGUAGAAGAAUUGGAAGCUUUGAGAAGGAAUCAUACAAGGACAUAA